GCAAAGAUGGCGGACGGCAUACCUCUGAAUCCCGUACGGAAGAACUUGAGAAAACCAGCGUAUUAUAAUGCUGGCAGGCCUGCCAGGUAUGAGUUUGAAGACGAAUCCUCAAACCUUGAUGAGAUGCCGUUGAUGAUGUCAGAGGAAGCUUUCGAAAACGACGAAAGUGACUAUCAGACACUGCCCAGAGCCAGAGUAGGUCAGAGACGGAGAGGAUUGGCUUGGUUCCUCUGUGGUGGAUGGAAGGUCCUUUGCAGCAGCUGUUGCGAAUGUCUGGUUCACACAUGUCGCAGGAAGAAGGAGCUAAAGGCUCGGACAGUCUGGCUUGGACAUCCCGAGAAAUGUGAAGAGAAGUACCCCAAGAAUGCCAUCAAGAACCAGAAAUACAACAUCGUCACUUUUGUGCCAGGGGUUCUCUACCAGCAAUUUAAGUUCUUCCUCAACCUGUAUUUUCUGGUGGUGGCUUGUUCUCAGUUUGUCCCAUCGUUGAAGAUCGGAUAUUUGUAUACCUACUGGGCCCCGCUGGGUUUUGUGUUGUCCGUCACCAUGGUGAGAGAAGCAGUUGACGAAGUUCGGCGAUGCAGGAGAGAUAAAGAGAUGAACUCGCAGCUGUACAGUAAACUUACAAUGAGAGGGAAGGUUCAAGUCAAGAGCUCAGACAUACAGGUCGGAGAUUUAAUCAUUGUGGAAAAGAAUCAGAGAAUUCCUGCUGAUAUGAUUUUCCUGAGAACUUCUGAGAAGACCGGGUCGUGCUUUAUUAGAACAGAUCAGCUGGAUGGAGAGACAGACUGGAAACUGAGAGUCGCUGUUCCUUGCACUCAGAGACUUUCUGCUUUAGGGGAUCUCUUUUCCAUCAGAGCUUACGUUUACGCCCAGAAGCCCCAACUGGACAUUCACAGUUUUGAAGGAAACUUCACAAGGGAGGACUGCGACCCUCCCAUCCACGAGAGCUUGAGCAUCGAGAACACGCUGUGGGCCAGCACCGUGGUGGCAUCCGGUACUGUCAUAGGUGUAGUCAUAUACACCGGGAAAGAGACCAGAAGUGUGCUUAAUACUUCGCAGUCUAAAAACAAGGUGGGGCUGCUGGACCUGGAGUUAAACCGCCUGACUAAAGCUCUGUUCCUUGCUCAGGUGGUUCUGUCUGUUGUUAUGGUCGCUCUACAGGGAUUUCUAGGCCCUUGGUUUCGUAACCUCUUCCGUUUCGUGGUUCUGUUCUCGUACAUCAUCCCCAUCAGUCUGAGAGUAAAUCUGGACAUGGGGAAGUCAGCGUAUGGAUGGAUGAUAAUGAAGGAUGAGAAUAUUCCUGGUACUGUGGUCCGAACAAGCACCAUACCAGAGGAGCUUGGGCGACUGGUAUACCUUCUCACAGACAAAACGGGCACUCUCACGCAGAAUGAAAUGGUCUUCAAACGGCUCCAUCUCGGUACCGUCUCGUACGGAAUGGACACCAUGGACGAAAUCCAGAGUCACAUCAUACAGUCCUAUGCUCAGGUGAGCACGACACAAUCCAACAGCAGUAGCGAGAGCUCCACACCCUCCCGUAAGCCUCAGCCACCUGCGCCGAAGGUCCGGAAGAGCGUUAGCAGUCGGAUCCACGAAGCAGUGAAAGCCAUUGCUCUCUGCCACAACGUCACGCCCGUGUACGAGUCCCGCGCUAACUGUGCCAGCUCUGAGCCAGAGAGCACAGAGGCUGACCAGGAUUUUAGCGACGACAACCGAACUUAUCAAGCCUCUAGUCCUGAUGAGGUGACCCUCGUGCGUUGGACAGAAAGUGUUGGUUUGACUCUAGUGAACAGAGACCUGACAUCCCUUCAGCUGAAGACCCCAGCUGGACACAUCCUGACGUACUACAUCCUCCAGAUCUUCCCAUUUACCUCUGAGAGCAAGCGCAUGGGCAUCAUCGUCAGGGAGGAGGCUACCGGUGACAUCACGUUUUACAUGAAAGGGGCCGAUGUUGCCAUGGCGAGCAUUGUACAGUACAAUGAUUGGUUGGAGGAGGAGUGUGGGAACAUGGCCAGAGAAGGCCUGCGGACGCUGGUUGUGGCCAAGAAAUCACUGACUGAAGAGCAGUACCAAGACUUUGAGAGUCGGUAUAACCAGGCGAAGCUGAGUAUUCAUGAUCGCACUCUGAAGGUGGCAGCAGUGGUGGAGAGUCUGGAGAGAGAGAUGGAGCUUCUCUGUCUCACUGGGGUGGAGGAUCAGCUUCAGGUUGACGUCAGGCCCACGCUGGAGCUCCUCCGCAAUGCUGGGAUCAAGAUUUGGAUGUUAACAGGAGACAAACUUGAAACUGCUACAUGUAUCGCCAAAAGCUCCCGUUUAGUGUCCAGAAGUCAAGAUAUUCACAUCUUUCGACCGGUGUCCAAUCGUGGUGAGGCUCAUUUAGAGCUGAACGCCUUCAGGAGGAAACACGACUGUGCCCUGGUCAUCUCCGGAGACUCUCUGGAGGUGUGUCUACGAUACUAUGAGCAUGAGUUUGUGGAGUUGGCGUGUCAAUGUCCCGCUGUGGUUUGCUGUCGCUGCUCUCCCACGCAGAAAGCUCAGAUUGUUCGAUUGCUUCAACAACACACAGACAACAGAACCUGUGCAAUAGGUGAUGGAGGAAAUGAUGUCAGCAUGAUCCAGGCAGCCGACUGUGGUAUCGGUAUUGAAGGGAAGGAGGGACGACAGGCGUCCCUCGCUGCAGAUUUCUCCAUAACCCAGUUCAAGCACAUCGGCAGGUUGCUGAUGGUGCACGGCCGCAACAGCUACAAACGCUCGGCGGCUCUCGGCCAGUUCGUCAUGCACCGCGGCAUGAUCAUCUCCACCAUGCAGGCUGUGUUCUCAUCCAUCUUCUACUUUGCAUCUGUUCCUCUGUAUCAAGGAUUCCUCAUGGUCGGUUAUGCCACCAUCUACACCAUGUUCCCUGUCUUUUCUCUGGUGUUGGACCAGGAUGUCAAACCUGAGAUGGCUCUGCUCUAUCCUGAGCUCUAUAAAGACCUCACCAAGGGCCGCUCCCUGUCCUUUAAGACCUUCCUGCUUUGGGUUUUGAUAAGUGUAUAUCAAGGGGGCAUCCUGAUGUACGGUGCCCUGGUGUUGUUUGAUCAGGAGUUUGUGCAUGUUGUGGCGAUCUCCUUCACUGCUCUCAUCCUCACCGAGCUGCUCAUGGUGGCGCUCACGGUUCGCACCUGGCAUUGGCUCAUGGUGGUGGCUGAACUCUUCAGUCUCGUCUCCUACCUCGCCUCCCUCGCCUUCCUCAAUGAAUACUUUGGCAUAGGUCGUGUGACCUUAGGAGCUUUCCUGGAUCUUUCGUUCAUCACGACGCGGGUGUUCUUGUGGAAGGUGUGCGUCAUCACGCUGGUCAGCUGUCUGCCUCUCUACAUCAUCAAAUAUCUGAAGCGGAAGUUCUCACCUCCCAGUUACUCCAAACUCUCCUCUUAAACUUUCCAGUAUUCACGUGGUGCCCAUAAGGCAUGUGUUUGCAUAUAUAAGCAACGGUCAUGGCUACAUCAAUUCUUGAAAACAGAUAUGAUGUUCGGCUUCAUAACACUGGGUGUGAUGUAACCUCACACUCGUGAAGCUUUAUAUCUGCUUGAUGAUGCUGUUUAUAUUUGCUUAUGAAUACUACUUUCAUGGCAUGAUGUGGUGCAUAUAAGUAUGUCUACUAUGUAUAUUUCUGUACAAAGAUACUGCAGAGGGUUGUAGUUUAGAGGAAGUUGGUGAGUAGUAUUGAGUACUUGAAAAGCACAAAAAAAGACCGAGGAUGAAAGAGAAAACAUCUAGAUGGUUGUUCUGGGGACACACUGGAAUGACGGACUUAUUGUGAAUAAUUCACACAGAAAUGAAACUUCUCACAUGCAGAAUUUUCGCUUUGUGGUGAACUAUCCCUUUAAAUGAAGGCUUAUUUUUUAUAGAUUCAUUUUUAAUGUUUUUUAUGAACGAGAUAAAGCGACGUUUUGAUUAUUCACUUUAAACUCCACAUGGCUAUUGUUGGUGUGUAUGUUCGCACCCGUCAGCACUUCAUUUUGGGCACAUUCUUGGUUAUUUUGUAUUGAAGAGAUCAGAGUUUGGCUUUAUAAAUGGCCAUGUUGUGAUUUGAGGGUUCAUGUUGUGUUAAUGUCGCGUACUGAAGUUGAGUUUGGACAGCUCUGCAGAUCUUUGUGUAACUGUAACAACACAGUAUUUGUUCUGGGAACAACCGACUCUUAGCUUUGACCUCUAAAUGUAUCAUCAUGACAUUUGACUUGUCAAAUCUGUAACCAUUUGAUACAGUGAGCUAUUUAAGAUUUUUAAGUUGUAAAUUGAAUGAUGCGUGAUAUUUUAAUGAUUGUUUCAUCGGUUACGUUGUAACUCUUCGUUAGACUGUCGCAUCUUCAUGGGCGACAGUGAAUCAGCGCAAGAAUGUAGUAUUUCGGUGGAUUGCUGUUAUAUAUUAUAGACUUUUAUAAGAUCGCAAAAAGUGUUUGUUUAAUACAUAAAUAUUUGCAAAGCUGCUUAUGCUGCAAUUUUUGGAAUACUGAUAUGGAUGUACGGCAUUCAUUUGCCAGUUUUGUCAUUGCCGAUUCAAGACGACAAUUUCAUUUAUGUAGACAAUGACACCAUACAGUCAAAAAUGAUUUUGGCGGUCACAAUUGACGGACAGAAAAACUGCACUGCACUAUUUCCCCCCAGUAACUGUACUGACGCCUGAAGCUGGGUUUAUAAUGUACAAGAUCAUUUGCCUUACCUUUCUAAAGCAGUCAGCUGGUAUGAGGAAUGAGUUUUAUCAUUCACAUUUUUUUCUAUACCGUGUUGGUGUGUGUGUUUACAAUACUGAAUGAGACAAUGCCAGGCACAUACGUCACACAUGCUGUUAUUUUCAUCAUCUUAUAACUGUGGAUUUAUUUUCUUGUCAAAAAAAGUUGAGAUGUACUGUAACCAACUACAUUUUUCAUGUACUGUAUAUAAAAGCUUACAUUAACCCUUUGAGAGUCUAACAACAAAAGGUUAUUUAUUUAUUUUUGUGUUUAGUUAUUAAUUGUGCACUCUUUUUCUACCAUAAUAUUACUAAAUGUGAUCUUUUGGUAGUAUUGUUAAUGCAGCUGACCAGUUCUUAAACUCUAAAUGUUAUCAGCAUUACAGUUUGAGCAGUAUCAUUUUAAUAAUCUUGAUGUUUAAUUAAAAAGCAAUAUGUUUCCAAA